AUGAUAGCGCCAUCUUCGCCGUCCACCGUGGAUAUCCCACAUGAACCACGUGCCACUUUCUCCGCUUCUACUUCAGUACCGAAGCCAUCAAGAUCCUACCAAACCGUCUCUCUAGAUCUCUACUAUCGUAAAAAGCGAUUGCAUCAUCGCAAGCGAAAUUCACACAAACGAGCGGAUCUUCCAACCAGCUCCAAAGCGCCAAAAAAUCCGGAUUUAAAGUCUCCCGUUAUUCCAUCCAAGAACUCUCGACAUUCUGCAAAGUGGAAUAAUUCUGAUCUCAAAGGGGAUAAAAUCGAUGAAAAGGUCUCACCAAUACGUCAGGACGAAGCAGUUCCAGCAAAUCUCCGAAUCCAGACGGAUUUUCCAAUUAUCCCAUGUUCGCCACUCUCUCCAUCCGAUUUACCAUCCGUACCACCACUAGCUCGGAGUUCUCCAUACCCGAUAUUAUCCAGAUCUACCGAGGUGCAAGUACCCAAAGUGGCACUUCAGCCAUCGUUCCCAAGACCUCCAGCUGGCACUGGAUUUUCCUCGAAUCCAUCUGGUCAUCACUUGUUCCGUCUGUCGGACUUUUUCUACAAAGAGAUCUUUGGCGUUCACGAUAUUAAACAAAGUGAUGGCGUGCAUCAAGAACGCGUGCAAAACUUUUUUGUUGUGCCGUUAAAUACUGAGCAGCUGUUUCUCUUUGGCGUGCUGCUGGCACUGGAUAGUUUUCUUUACGUCUUUACGUACAUGCCACUCCGGAUUUUAUUCGCUUGUGGCUGUGCCGUGACUUCAAGUUUUCACGCACGGAUUUUUCGACGCACGCACUUUUACGACUUGAUGGUGGCAGUGAUUAUGGCUGUAGGGACAACUGUGCUGGGGUACGUGGACAUGUCGAGGGUGUACCACGCCAUUCGCGGCCAAGCGAUGAUUAAACUCUACGUGCUGUUUACGAUGAUCGAGAUCUUUGAUCGCUUGUUCUCGUCCUUUGGACAGGAUGUGCUGGACUCGCUGUAUUAUACAGCCAAGUACCACCCCCGUCGGGUCACGCGCAUGUUUCUGGACUUUAGCGUGGCAAUCGUCUACGUGGUGCUCCACUCGUUGCUGUUGUUUGCCCAAGUUGUGACACUGAAUGUUGCGGUCAAUUCGAGCAACACCUCACUGCUCACGCUCCUCAUUUCAAACAACUUUGCCGAACUCAAGAGCUCGGUUUUCAAAAAGUUCGAAGAACAAAACUUGUUCCAGAUCAGCUGUAGCGAUAUCGUCGAGCGCUUCAAGCUGCUCACUAUUAUCGGGCUCAUUCUGCUGCAGUCGUCGACUGGCGAUGUCGCCUAUGGAACGGCCAUGGUCUGGGUGGCUGAGAUGCUGAUUGAUUGGAUCAAGCAUGCCUUUAUCACCAAGUUUAAUCAGAUACCACCCACGAUGUACUCCAAGUUCAUCACAAUUCUUUGUCGGGAUCUCACAGGCUGGAAGAGCGAGGACACAAUUCUCGAUCACACGCACCAUGUGUCCAAGCGCUUGGGUCUAAUGUCGCUGCCUUUAGCGUGUGUGGUGCUGCGCAUGUUGUCGAAGGCUCUAGUAGAAGCCCCGGUUGUAUUUACGUCACCUAGCGGUGUCUUAGUCACAGUAGCGUUUUUUCUCUGUUUAGCAGCGUUCAAAGCGCUGCUGAGUCUUGUGCUGAUGAUUUACGCUUACAAAUCAGGCCGCCUGGACGACACACGUCCGAAAAGUCCACGGUCCGCGCGCCAUCUCGAGUCCAUCCAUCGAUACAAGUUUUGA